CCGCUAUUGUGAUGUUCGUCUGAUUUCCUCCAAUGAAAGUUGUCCCAGCGUAUCGCAUUCCUGCCAUUUUGGCGAUGAAAUGCGAGAAUAGCAUCAAACUGCCUAGUUUUGCAUCGAACGACGCGGGUGCGUUUUUUGAGUAUAUAAGGUAGGUGGCCUCUCUUCAAGUUCUCUCUCAUUUCCAUAUCCAUUCAUCACAUCUUCAAUCUAUCAAAUAAUCAAUCAAACAAUCCAACAAUACAACACUUUAUCAGUUGUUCCCUCGUCCUGUUAAAUCUAUCCACUAUCAAGACAGACAAGCACAUCUUCACAAUGGUCAGCACCAAGGAUAUCCGCAAGUCCAAUGCGGCUUUCAAGUCCUCCGAUCAAGCUUCUGGUCUUGUUGCCGUCUUCGUCGGAGCAACUUCAGGCAUUGGGAUGGGCUCUCUGAAGCAAUUCGCAAAGAACGCCAAAGCACCCAAGAUAUAUAUCCUCGGGCGAUCAUCAAGAGCCGCAACUCCUCUUCUCGACGAGAUCAAGGCGUCGAAUCCCGAAGGAAGCUACGAAUUCAUUGAAACGGAAAUUUCCCUCAUCAAGAAUGUCGACAAGGCAUGUGAUGAGAUCAAGUCAAAGGAGAAGAAAGUCGAUCUAGUAUUCACGUCACCUGGAUAUUUGGCUUUUGGGGGACGCUUAGAAAGCGAAGAGGGAAUCGACAUACCCCAUGCACUUCGCUACUACUCGCGCCUUCGCUUCAUCUACAACCUCCUCCCACUUCUGAAAGCCAGUCCCCUACCUCGAGUGAUAUCCAUCUUAGCCGGAGGUCAAGAAGCAGCUAUCGAUGUCCAUGAUCUCGAGGUGAAGAAUAACUUCACAUUCAUCAAGGCUGCCGAAAACGGCACCACUCAGACGACACUCGCCUUCGAGGAACUCGCCAAGUCAAAUCCAACCAUUACCUUCAUCCACAAGUAUCCAGGGUUUGUGAAUUCCGGCGUCCUAGACCGUCUCCUGGCUUCGGCUUCUGGGCUCUACACUAUUCCCGCUACAGUAGGACGUUGGUUGAUAUUGCCAGUCGUCAACCUUUUCUCGAUGACUGUGGACGAAGCUGGAGAGCGUGUGCUAUUUCUUGCAACGAGUUCGAGGUACCCUGCUUCGAAGACAGCGAGCUCAGCUGGUGUACCUUUACAGCCUGGGAUGAAAGUUGCGGAGGCGUCGGUGGAAAACGAUGGUAUUAGCAAUGGUGUCUACAGACUGGGUCCUAAUGAUGAGAGUGCGAAGGAAUCGCCGGUCUUGCCUGGUUACCGUUCGGAUGGGGUGGAUACCCUUGUAUGGGAAUCGACACAGGCUGUCUGGGAAAAGGCAUUGGCAAGGUCGACGUGAUUGAAGGACUGAAAGCGGCAGUCAGAAUUUGGAGCGCUUGAUGUAUAAUACUUAGUUGGUGUCACCCUUAGCGAAAUUGACGUUGGAUGUCUACGGUUUAAUUCUGUUAAUACUGCAAGUGGGCAUUUGGUCCGGGGACAUAAAUUUGAACAUCCUUUAGACAUAUUUUCUCCUGAUACGUAUCUAAAC